UUGCCUAGCAGAUCCUCUGAGGUUUCAUAAUGGUGGAUCUCAAAGCACUGUUUUCACUUUUGUUGGUGGCUGGAUUCCAUUUUCAGAGUCACUCUGCUCCGGUUGAUAGUCCAAAACCUCCCCAGGUUCCUCCUAUAAACUCAGUUUUACCCAGCCUAGAAAUUCUAGCAACAAUUCCCACACAGACACAGCCAUCACCAGUCUCUAGAGGCAGUACCUCCAAUGCUCCCAGUGGUGCUGGUGGCAACCUUGUGUCUUCUACAACUCCAAGACUUGUAACUGUGACUGGAGUGAAAAGCACUGCAUCACCUGUAGUGGUCACCUCUCGGACAGAAAACAUUUCAGGUCAACCAGUUUCUACCAGCAGUGGUGGACCAGUUGCCAUCCCAACCCCCCGCUCAUCUAACACCAGCGCAGGAUCAAUCAAUGGGCACAACGUUACUGUAGCAGCCACCACCGCGACCCCAAGAGCUGACAAUCACUCAAGUGCAGUCACUGGAGUCCACUCAAACGUCAAUGUGAAUACUAGAAAUAUCAGCCCGUCCCCGAUUCCUGCUUUUACCAGCUCUCAACCUCACGCACCCGUCUCAUCUGGAAACAGGCCUGGAGUGAUCAAUGGGACCUUGGUGAACCCCUGCCCAGACCAGUGCCCCAAUGGUCUUUUUGGAAAUCCUCCUUGUGCCUGUGGAAUCUUUACAAACACUCAGCCUCACGCACCCGUCUCAUCUGGAAACAGGCCUGCAGUGAUCAAUGGGAACUUGGUGAACCCCUGCCCAGACCAGUGCCCCAAUGGUCUUUUGGGUAACCCUCCUUGUGUCUGUGGGGUGACCAGACACUGAGCCUCUGGUGAACUAUGGACGCAGCCUAUAAAGAACAGGACAUGUCCAGAAGGGCGGCGCCGUAGAUCCUAUAUACAUCCACCAUGUGACCUCAGCCCCGGAUACAGGGGCCUCAAACUUUUUAUAAAUAAAA